AUGGCGAUCCGGCCCCUCGUCGGCACACCACUCGGUAAGCCAGCACUCCACCCCUGACCGGCCAUGACCUCGCCUUUCGCGGAACACCAAGCUGACGCUCCGAGUCCGCACCCUAAUACACCCUGUACUCGCCCCACCGCCCCACCCAGCUGGCUGCUGCACCGUCCUCUCCGUCCUCGGGAUCAUCAUCCUCUUGGCUUUGGGUCUCGCUUUCGAUCAUGGGGUCAGUUCAUCCCUUUGGUAGCUCUUGACCUGUCCCUCCCGAGUCCACCACCAACGUUCCUCCUCGAUCCCCUCCCCCUCAUGACCUUCCCCACCCUAACCCAACCUCAAACUUCGAAUCCUCGCUCCCGAAACCUCUACAAACCCAGGCUGAAGUUCUAACCGGUUCGACCAAAUCACCCAAAGACGCCCACGCCGUAGCGCAACUAUGUUACCGCGCCGCGAUCGUCUACGCCGCGAUCGUUGGCUUUUGCGGAUGUCAGGUCAGUUGA